UCAUCACUCGUAUCGGUUUCUCUUGUUCCCGUCCAUUUACAUCUCAUAGGCAUAGCAUCCUCGUAACAACGAAAAAUCCCCCCACCUUAACCUCGUUUCUGUUGUUGUUGAUAAUGGAAGACAGUGAGAGGAGAAGAAGGCACACACUUGUUGUGAGGAAACCAUGCUUUGGGCUCCCAACAGGUUGCCCACAAUGCUUGUCAGCUUUCAUCUAUCUCAAGCUCUCCAAAUUCCCCUUCACCUUGGACUUCCACCUUAACUACCCUGAUUCUGAACAAAUUCCUUACUUUGAGGCUGGUGAUUCUGUGGUAUACAAUGAUGUGAAGGAUGGGAUCAUUGAGGGCUUAAAGAAGGAGGAAGGAGUUGGUGAUUUGGAUGAUGGUGUUUCAUCACUGCCAGAGUGGAUACCAACCAAGGUGAUGCUCACAACUUGGCUUGCCGAUGCGCUCGAGUACGAGCUUUGGGUGGGGUGUGAUAGUUCGUCUGCUUAUAGCAUCUAUUACUUCGAUCUUCCAUGGCCUAUUGGGAAGGUCUUGUUUUGGAAGAAAGCUCAUUGGGUGAAGCAGAAACAUGGCAUAACUAAAGACAAUGGUGAGGUGAAGGAGGAAGAGAUUUAUGGGAGAGCUAACUCUGCAUAUGAUGCUUUGUCAAUGUGGUUAGGGGAUGAGAACUACUUAUUUCAAAACAGGUCAUCAAGCAUGGAUGCUAUUUUUCUUUCACAUGCAUUAGUCGUUCUUCAUGCUUUGCCCGAAUCAUCGACGCUGCGCAUGAAGUUUUCGGAACACACUAAUUUAGUGAGAUAUGUGCAACAACAUAAGAGAGAACUUAUAGAAGCCGGUACAUCCCCUUCCUAUGAUCCAUCUUUCAGUUCAGAUGCGCCAUCAUGGGCUUCCAGAGCGCAUUCAACUUCAAGUUCAAAGGCCAAGAGCAAACAGAAAAGCAAAAGAGAGGAAACAAAGGAGGAGAAAACCUUCAGAAGAAGGGCCAAAUAUUUUGUGGUAGCACAGCUGGUUGCAGUUGUUCUUUUCCUCAGCAUCAUGUCUGGAUAUGGUGGUGGUGAUGGCGAGAUAGACGAUGAUGGUACCGGCUACGAUCUUGACGAUUGAAACAAACUGCAUUCAUUAGUUUGCUGUUGUUCUUACUUCUUAAUAACAAAGUUACAGAGCCUGGGAUCUGUUCUUCUGUUA